UCCGGUAUAAACAGAUCUCUGACCCAAAACCAUGUUCAGAAAAGUAAGCACCCUAAGACAAACUGUGGGUUGCGCUUUAAGAAUUAAUGCCAUCAGAAAUGUGCACUACGAGCAAGGACAGUCCCCAGAGCCCAAAAUUAGAGAAUAUUUCUACUACAUAGACCACCAGGGACAGCUAUUUCUAGAUGAUGCAAAAAUGAAGAACUUCACCUCCUGUUUUAAAGAAAAAGACUUCCUACAGUUCUUCUUCAAAAGGGUCAAGUUCAACAAUACAGGGCGAUAUGAAGAAGAUUUCCCGUAUGUCUCACCCUGUGGUAGAGAGAGGAAUUACAUUCGCUGUGAUGACCUCCCUAUUGUAUUCACACAGAUCUUGGAAACUGCUGAUGGAGAACCAGAUCUUCUAUCAUGCAAUCACACAGGAGACAAACUCACAUUGACCUUUGACCCAGAAAAAGUCUGUAUGUUACCAGAGACGGGACGGAUAUAUCAUCCAGCUAGUGAUCGAGUUGGCGGAGUUGGUUUGAUAAAAUCAGCCCUUGCAAUAGAACUGAGUAAAUAUUUUGAGUUUAGUCCUGAUAAAGAGUUUGAACCACCUGUAUAUUUUACAUGGAAAGGUCACAGAUACUCUCUGACUAAUGAACUGAUACCUUCCUUGAAGAAAAUGGACAAAUUCAAGUCACCAGCUUAUGUGCCAGAAAUAUAA